AUGUCCCUAAUCUUACGUUUACACGGAGAACGGGAUGGUUCAUCCUGUGACGUGGCUGAUUACUCACUUGCGGAGCUUCGUUCUGGCGGUUGCGAGUAUUUACGGAGUUUUCUGGACUUCGGAACAUCCGCCAAAGCACCCAAGCGGCCAGAUUGCAGCGACGAGGAGGCAGCCACCAGCGACCCUCCAGCUGUGCUUAACAUACAUACCGGCUCAUGUCGGGCUGCUCUGGCUGCGACUGUGUUGCAUUUCCUGCUCCGGGGUCCCGAAGCGGCCCCCCUGGAGGUGAACGGAGCGAUGGAUCAGGAGGGCAUGGCGCAUGUCUUUGGCAGUAAGCACCUGGGACGUAGGAAUACAUAUUGUUUUCUUGGCUUUUACGGCACCAUCGUCACCACUAUCACCGUCAUCACCACCAUGACCAGCACCGCCCACCAUCUCCAUCACCAAUAUCACCAAUAUCACCAACACGAGCUCACCAACACUACCAACACCAACACCAGUAACGCCGCAGAGCUGCUAAGUCUGGCGGACCUGUGGUGUCUGGACGAGGUCAAGGAGCACGUGCUCACGUCGCUCAGGAAGGGGCUCUGUGCGGGAUUUAGGCGGCCCACUGCCGGCACGUCCGCGGUGGAGGCGGUGCCGCUAGUGGCAGUGCUGGCUCGCCAGGCGCUGGACUAUGGAGUAGGAGACGCCGACGGCGGCCUGCAGCGGCUGUACGACGACUGUACGACAUGGCUGGCAACGUGGACCGCCAGGACCUGGCCCACGCGUACCUUUGCAAAUCUGCAGCGGUUCAUCCAGGAGGAUGUGCUGUCUGCGGCAAAGGCGCGAGUGAACGUGGAAUCUGCGCCUGCCGUACUAUCGGCGUGUCGGCAGCUGUCCGGCGUGCCGUCGGUAGCAUGGGCGCGACGCAUUGAGGAAAUGCGAGGCGAGCUUACGUCAUACACGUUGUCGUACAUUUGGAGCAACUUUUCGGAGAUUUGCGCGCGAGCGGGCCUCCGACAGGACCGAUCCGAGUGCUGGGGCGCGCUGCUGGAGGAGCUCCGAAACCAUGUAGUGGAUCACCCCGAUCCGGAUGCAGCGGUGCGCGUGCUGCCGUGCUGGGCGAGCAUCACGCGGGCGCUGCUGUACGGCGCGCGGCCGGCUGCCGUCGCGCCUCAGUGGGGCAGCGGCCCGCUGGUGGCGGCGGCGGCGGCGGCUGUACGGGGCGGCGCUGGAGCGAGUUGGCUGGGGGAAGACGAGGCGUCGCAGAUGCAGGAUUUGUACGAUAUGAUACGGAACUAUUGUGUACGGCACCUGCCGCUGGUGGCGCGCUGCGCCGCGUUCCGCGCGCUGCCGCCGCCCGAGCAGCAGUCCAUCUUGUUGAUCGCUCAGGAGGGCAUUUGCGCCAGCUCGAGCGCGAGCGCCACAAUGAUCGCAGCGACGGCGGCGGCGGCGACCGCGACCGCGACGCGGAUAUCAGCAAGGCCGUCGGCAACGUCGCGGCGGUCAGCAACGUCGAUCCCGCAAGCGGCAGGAAGCUCGCCCGGCGAGGCGCCUGGCGGCGCCGCUGCGUCCACGGCGGUGGGGCCAUCCAGGCCCCGGAGUCGGUCCGUGGCGUUUGACGUCGCCGGCGGCGCCGGCGGCGAUACGACGCCUCCUGCGGCGCCAAGACCGCUGGCGCGCGAGGCCGUUGAGGUGACGGGGUCGGCGCCGCCGAAGCGCAGGGUGGCCAGUCCUGAAUCGCAGCGACAUGGCGCUGCUGCGUCGGCGACCGCUGUGAUGGCGAGACCAGGUUUGGAUGAAAGCGGCGAAAACCCUGGGUCUCGUACGACAGAUGUCGAAGGCGCGACGCCAGGUGCUGUCGCAGCCGCCGGUGUCAUCGCAGCCGCAGCGGUAGAUCCGGUGACGCUGGCGGGAGGGGCGGCGGAAGGGGCGGAAACUGCUGCACUGGCGGCAGCGGCGGGAGAGGAGGUAGCGGACAGCGGCAGCGGCUGCACAGCCUCAGAAGCAGUACAGCUCCCGACCAAGGUGGCGGGUGCUCAACCUCCGGAGCCAUCAGCAACCGCCACUGCAACCGCUGCUGAUGCAGGGGUUCCGGAGCUGCAGCGGGGUGUACUUGAAGAAGCGGCGCAGGAACUCCUUGGCAUAGGCAGUGGCAGUGACGCUGGCUGUAGCAAGGGCAAUGGCCAUGGCAGUAGCGCAGGCGGAGGCGGAGGCGGUGCUGAGGACGGUACUGAGGAUUCAGAGCCGGAGCAGGCUGACGCGCCACAGGUGGCAGCUGGAGGUGGUGAUGCAGCAGCAGCAGCAGCAGCGGCAACAGCACCGGGAAGAUCGGUAGCAGCUUCCAGCGGAAGAGGAAGUGGUGGUUGUGGUGGUGAGGAGGCGGAGGAGGAGGCAGAGGCGGCAUCACCAGGGUCGGGCGGUGUUGCAGGGCGAUUGGAGAGGUGCGACCAGGUUUCGGAGCAGCAAGAGGGUGAUGGUGAUAAUGAUGAUGUUAACGCGCCGGUGAUCGGUGGGUCAGCGGCGGUGGCGGGGGAGGAGGCGGAAAGGGUGGUGGUAGAAGCCGAGGACGAAGGAAAGGCAAGGCUGACGGCUGGCAUGAUGGAGGCGGAGGUGGAGGCGGGGAUCGGGUCAGCGGUAUUGGGGGCGGUGGCAAAAAGCGCGGCGAUGGAGGCGGCGCCGGCGAAAGAUGCCGCGGCGGAGGCGGAGGGGGCGGCGGAGGCGGAGGGGGCGGAGGCGGAGGGCGCGGCGGAGGCGGAGGCGGAGGGGGCGGGGGCAGGUGGGCGAAGACUGGAUGCGGAUGACGCAACAGCAACAGGGCACUCCUGCUUCGCGGAUAUACCCCCUGAGACCUUAGCGUCCCCGGUACGGCAGGGGGAUGCCGGGAGUACUGCUGAGGCCGUAGCGAGCACCUUGCUGCUACAGCCAACGGAGGCGGUCGCGGUGGCGGCGGCCGUAGCGGAAGCUGAGAAGGCGGUUCCGUCGCGGAGCUGUGGUGUCGACGUCGCCGUCGGAGGCGCCGUCGUCUCUGGCUGUGUCAGCGGCGGCCCUGUGUUGACGUUGCCGCCGCUACUGCCGCUGCGGGAAGGUCCUCCGUCACCAGGGGGCCCGCCUGACGUCGAUAGGCCCGCCGUCCUAACAACACAUAGCAGUGGGGAUCAGGAGGCGGCUGACGGCGGUUACUUCCUUGACGCCGCCGCACUGUACGGAGGAAUGUGUGCACCGCAGCCGCCGACGCCCGUACGACGGGAUGGGGUUGGUCCCGCAGGCUGUCGUCCGACCGUCGUACGGGAUACGGAUAGCGAAGGCGACUCUAGCCGUGGUAGCAGCAGCAGUGCCGACGGCGGCGGCGAGGUCGGUCUUAACGAAGGAACUCCGACCCUCCUGGCGGCGGAGGCGUGCUGUACGGAAGCGAUGGUGUGUCGCUUUAAUGGGAUGGACGGAGACAGUGACGUACAGAUCAGUACGAACGACGACGGCGUGGGCGGUAAUGCGGCUUCCCCCACGGCGGCCCUUGAGUACACCGCUGCCGCCGCCGCCGCCACGGAAGCGGUACGGCGUCCUGCCAGUGCACCCGCUGCUGCUGUGCACGGGAAUUCGCGACAACGUACCGCAGCAUUUGCAGUCGCUACAGGGAAGCCGGCGACGGCAGCGGCGGCGGCAGCCGCCGCCGCCGCCGGGGGAAGUGGCCGCGGCCAUUUGUCCUUGUCGGGAGGCCCCGCCCCCUCCAGCGAUUCAGGGAAACGGAUAUCGGUCAUAUACGCGGAGACGAAGAGCAGUGCCGCUCGGAAUAGCCGUGUGGCGCCGGCGGGCGCGGCGGCAGACCACCUUGCCGUACACGUCAGCCGUACUGGGCCCGGACUGAAACAACCUGACGGAGGACGGAGGCCGAGGGCGCAAACUACGUCCGCAACAGAUCUGGCAGUAGCAACCGCCGCAGCUGCCGUCGCCGCCGCCGCCCCAGCAGCAGCACUCCCAACUCCUCGCGCUGUACGGAACACCAUUGCUGUACCCUGGUGGCCAGCGGCGACAAAGAGCGACCCGGCCGCUGGCACUGCUGCUGCCGCCACGGACACCGGCGGCAGCUGCCGUACUCCAGCGGCGGGGGCGUUGCAACGAGGCGCCCAUGCAGCCGCGGUUGCACACAUUGCCGCGACCGCCGGCACCAGAGCAACAGCGGCAACGGCAGUAGCAACCGCCGGCGGUGCCGGAGGUGAAACCUCCAAAGACGUCAGCGGCCCGAGAACAGGGGGGGUUGCAGACGCAGCAGCGCCUGGCGGCUCUAAUAACACUGCUAGGCAUCAGAAGGCCGCAUGUCGUGGCGCCAUUGAGAAGCUUGACUCUCAGAACUUUGGACUGUUUGCAGUCUCCUUCAGCGCAGUGACCCCCAGCACUGCUUGCCUUGUUAACAUAUCCUGGAAUUGCACGGCGCAUUUGUACGACACGUGCAUGUCUGCCGUAAUGCAUGUCAUGUCGUGCGGAGAGGUGAAGGAGGGAUAG